CAACAAAUGCGCUCCAUUUCUUACGCAUUAUCUACGCAGUUACGCGUAACCCUGCCGCCAUUACCUUGUUCUCAUAAGAAAUUAUUACAGUUUGCAGGGCGCAGUAUAAACGACCUAUCGAAUUAUGCAUGCAGGGUUGCUAAACAACACC